AAACCACACAGCGGCCAUGGACGCCAAGCUGAUGGCGGCCACCGACGGUGGCGAUGUCAACAAGUUGAAGGUUGGGCUGAACAAGGAGGAUGCCAUGUUGAUGGUUGAUGCGACGGCGACGAGUAAGAAGCCUUCCGAAGAGGACCAAUCCCCAGCUGGUAUCAUCAACCCCUUGCUUCUGUUAUCGGCGCGUGAGGGCUCCUUGAUGGCGUUGAAUGUCCUUUUAGAGAGGGAAGACGCAAAACGUCCACCACUGAUGAUUAUUUCUCAAGAAUUUCUCGAGUUGGUAGAGGGAGGCAGCAGUGCCCAAGGAAGAACUGCAGUGUCAAUUGUUGGUGAUGUAGAAGGGGGCGUCGAUGAUCAGCCUGCUGCUUCACUUGCAGUUGGAGCACUCCUCAAGGGCGUCACUCCUGAUGGUGAUACUGCACUACAUGUGGUCGCGCAGAAUCAGGAAAAUGGCAAACAUUUCCUGGAGUACGCCGGCAUCAUCUACGAAAGGGGCAGGGGCCUCCUGUUUGCCAAGAAUCACAGGGGUGACACACCCUUGCAUUGUGCUGCCCGAGCUGGGAACUCCAAAAUGGUUUCUCAUCUCAUGAAUCUAGCUGCACGUUCGGGUGCUGACAUGAAGCUCAGGCUCCUGAGAAUGGAAAAUAAGCGUCACGAGACAGCCCUCCACGAGGCUGUCCGAUUUGAAGAUGGUCGAUUUCUGGGUCGGAAAGAGAGAAGGGCAUUGAUUGAUGCUACUACUCACACCGCCGCAGAAGAAAGGAAUAAGGAUGAUGCUGCCGGCGCACAGGAAGAAAAGAAUAUAGUCAAACUGCUGAUGGGUGCUGAUCCAGAGUUAGCUAAUUAUCCUGCAGAUGGCGUUUCACCCUUGUAUCUAGCCAUCUUGCUGGGGAAGAGUACAAUUGCAUUGAUUCUGUACGAUAAGAGUGGUGGCAAUCUCUCCUAUUCCGGAGCAAAUGGACAAAAUGCCUUGCAUGUUGGUGUUCUUCCACACAGAGACUCAGUGAUGAUGGAGUUCCUAGUGCAUUGGAACAAAAGCCUUACUACCCAAGUGGACAAAGAUGGGAGAACGCCACUUCACUUUGCUUCAUCGCUGAUUUUACGGACUGGCUCGUAUCUGACACUUGAGCUCCUUGGCAGACCCCCUUGGUGUCAUUUUGUAUGGAUUCCCCGGAGAUCUACAUCGGUGCUCGAGAUAGUAUUCAAAGCAAACCCCGCAGCAUUGUAUCAAGCAGACAAGAAUGGAUCAUUCCCCAUACAUUUGGCUGCCUCUGUAGGUGCCAAAGAGGCCAUACUGUUUUUCCGUGACAAGUAUCCGCAUUGUGUUGGAUUGCGUGACGCUGAAGGAAGAACAUUCCUUCAGGUCGCUGUUGAGAAAGAAAUACUGGGCAUACUCUUCUACGUAUGUGAAACUCCAUCUUUAGCUUGGAUUCUGAAUAUGCAAGACAAUGAUGGAAACACUGCACUGCACUUAGCUAUCCAAUCUCGGAACUUUAGGAUGUUCUGCGCUCUAUUUGGGAAUCCAGAGGUGAAUCUGAAUAUAACAAAUUACAAGGGGGAAACUCCGUUGGAUUUAUCCAUUAUUAGUAAGCUUUCAUACGGAUUGAAUUUUAUAGAGAACUCUGAGCAUAAAAUAUGCCACGCCUUGAAGUCAGUUGGGGCAAACUAUGGUGUCAUUCGCUGGGAUAAGGCUGAGGAACCAUUCCGUCGGCCAUCAAACCCAGAGGAGGAGGACCAAGCAUCACGGAGGCUGAAAGAUGCAGCACAAACCUGUGUUGUUGCUUCAGUCCUAAUAGCAACUGUUGCGUUCAGUGCAACUUUGGCCAUCCCUGGAGGUUAUAGAGCUGAUGAUCAUACAAAUGAAGGCACACCAAUAUAUGCCGGGAGUUAUCUUUUUGACGCGUUCAUUAUGUCCACCACAUUAGCUUUCAUAUGCUCUUCUCUAGCUACCCUUGGCUACACGUUUUCUGCAAGUCCCUUUGUUAACUUGGUCACCCGCGAAGUCUACACAGUCUUAUCCGUGCUUUCCUUCUCGAGUUCAUUCGUAUGCAUGUCUAUUGCAUUUGCACUGGGUGUGUAUAUGGUGCUAGCCCCGGUUGCUCGUAAUACUGCCGUUGCGGUCUGUGUUAUUACUCCGACCAUAUGGCUUGGUACAAAUGUGGAUAGUAUUUUCAAGUUGGUUAUUCUUGCACGACCGCUAUGUAUUAGAAAGGGUCUAUUCAAAGGAAUGGUACAAUUACUAAGGAUGUACGCGCUCUUAGUGGUCACUACACUUUGGCCCUUCAUAGUUACCUUUGGUUGGGCUGCGUUGGCAAGAAUCCACCGUCACCGCUAAAUCCAUUUUAUUUCCUUUG